UAGACAGUGACAUCGUAGAAUCCACCAACCAAUGCAAAAGUGGAAGAAACAAAAACAUUCAAUCAUCAAAAUCCCAAAAAUAUUCUAAUCUUCAGGAGCAAUUUGGCAGUGGAGGAUACCCAUCUGGGAUUUUAGGGUUUUUCUCAACUAACCCAUUAUAGAAUUUAAGUGGGUUUCUGUUCCAUUUUUGUAAUCUCUGCUUGCUGUCAUGUUUGCUUCACUGAUUAAUCUUUCCUACUUGCAUAUAGAAGAGUUCUUAACCUUAGCUGGCCUUUGGUUUCUCCUCUUCUGGCUGUAGUAUAUAUUAACAUUCCAAACUUAAAUUCUAUUACCAUUACAAGUUUGAUUCUCAAAUACAUGGCCACUAAUUCAUGGAUUAGUACCCACACAUCUAAAACCCUUGUAUCUGCUGUUAAUUUCAACCUUGCUAGAGUGAAAGCAAGCUCUUCAGAUAGUACCGAGAUUUCGACAACCUCUUCAAAUAGAAAAAGCCUGGCUAGAUUAGUCCUUGAUGCCCCCCGAACUAUUUGGAGCCGGGCAUUGCAGCCGAUGAGUGAUUCGGGGUUCGGUCCGAGGAGUGUGUGGGAGGGUGGUGUCGGGCUUUUUCUUGUCUCUGGAAUGGCUCUUCUUGCUCUUACUUUGGCUUGGUUAAAAGGGUUUCAAUGGAGGUCGAGGUUUAGGAAGUAUCGAGCGGUGUUUGAGUUCUCUCAGGCUUGUGGGAUUUGCGUUGGGACGCCUGUGAGGAUCCGAGGAGUUACUGUUGGCAAUGUCGUUCGUGUUGAUUCUUCUUUGAAGUGUGUUGAAGCAGUUGCCGAGGUUGAAGAUGAUAAAAUUAUAAUACCUCGAAAUUCAUUUGUGGAGGCCAAUCAGUCUGGCCUGCUUAUGGAGACACUGAUUGAUAUCACACCACGAGAUCCUCUCCCAAAGCCAUCCGUAGGUCCUCUGGAACCAGAUUGUAUCAAAGAAGGCCUUAUUGUUUGUGACAGGGAGAGUAUAAGAGGAGAGCAGGGUGUAAGCAUUGAUGAAUUGGUCGGGAUUGUCACCCAGCUUGCACGAGAAACAGAUGAAAUUGGUAUCUCCAAGAGCUAUGAAUUAGCUGAAAAACUUGUAUCUGUUAUGAAAGAAGCACAACCUCUACUUGCAAAGAUUGAAGCUAUGGCUGAAGAUGUUCAACCUUUGCUUAUUGAGGUUAAUAAUAGUUCUCUGCUGGAGAAUUUAGCUACUUUAACCAAGAGCCUCAAGGAAGCAACUGAAGAAUUUAGAAAAGUGCAGACUUCUAUUCUCACCCCUGAGACUACUGAGCUGAUCAAGAAGUCUAUAGUUUCACUUAUAUUCACUUUGGAGAAUAUCGAGAGUAUAAGCUCGGAUAUCUCAGUCUUUACAGGUGAUGAAGCCACAAGGGAUAAUUUGAAGAUUCUUAUCAAGUCACUUACCAGGCUACUAUAAACAAUAAGGAUUUUGAUGUGAAAUGUAAUUUGGAUUUUCGUGGUGAGAAGACUUAAGGGUUGAAGAAGCCUUGCCAAGUAUUGUUGUACUGAUUGAAGACACGCACAUGUUCAUUGUUCCCUUCUAAAGUUUUAAGGCGGACAAUCUACAUAAUGUCAUGUAAUUUGUAACAUUGAAAUGAUUUCAAUCAACAUCAAUGCAUCUUUUCCCUUGCUCAUCUCUUCUUGCAUUUCUUUUUCCUUGUUAUGGUUUCCUUUAGUUUUGAAGGGUUUUGGCCUUAAACCCCUUAUCCUUAACUUGGAGAAGGUAAAGAUGUUAAACUUUGAGGAGGAUUAAAUCUCAGCCAUAGACUUCUCACCAGAGUCACUUUAUGCAAAUACUAAGUUUGAUGCAGAACAACAUGGAAAGUUCUCCACAGAUGAUAGACUAGAACCACAGCUCGAACAAAACAUUUAAUUACAAUUUUACUAUCUAAGCUCAAGAUCGCAUAUGAGCGGGGGCCUAGAAAAUCUAGAUAUCUAUUCAAUUAUUUGUUAUAUUGAAAAUUUUGUAUUGAAAAUUAUACUUUAUUUUUGUGUUACAAUAUUUGCUUCCAGUUGUUUCCUUCAUUAGAAUUUUUUGAAUUUAACUGUUU